CAGUAGGACGGAUGUGUGCUUCCGCUUUGGCUGCUGCCGUGCCGUCACAGCGGGAGGAUGAAUAACAAGAAAUGUAGCACUUUAUUUCAGAAAGCAAGGGGCCGGACGAGGAUUAUACAAUGUAUUUAUGUAGUGGGCUUUCUGGACUUGUUUGGGGUGAGCAUGAUCAUCCCUCUACUGAGCCAUCAUGUGAAGGCGCUUGGAGCCAGUCCCACUGUGGCUGGGAUUGUAGGAUCUACAUAUGGGAUCUUACAGUUGUUCUCAAGCACAAUAGUUGGCAGUUGGAGUGACGUGGUGGGACGGCGUUACUCUCUGCUCACCUGUCUGCUGCUGAGUGCGUUAGGCUACAGUCUGCUGGGUAUGUCCACCAGCAUCGCCCUGUUCGUCCUCGCACGGAUACCUGUGGGGUUGUUCAAGCACUCCCUGUCCAUCUGCAGAGCCCUGCUGUCUGACCUGGUGUCUGAGUCAGAGCGCCCUCUGGUGAUGGGACACUUUAACGCAGCCUCCAGUGUCGGCUUCAUUCUGGGUCCUGUGGUGGGUGGUUACCUCACAGAGCAUGAGGGUGGAUUCUACACAUCCUCCUUCACCUGUGCAGCCAUUUUCCUUCUGAAUGCAGGGUUGGUAUGGAUGCUACCAUGGAGUGAGACUCUUCUUCACUGUAACGGCACCAACUCCAGCAGCAAUUUGAGUAAAGAUUGUCAUGACAACAACUUAAAAAGGUCAAUCCACAAUGGUUCUCAUACCUCAAAUAGCCACCACAGACCAGGGCCCAGGUGGAGGGAGGUGUCUCUGCUGCAACCAGCCUGGAGACAGCUGUGCUCAGUGGGGUCCAAGAUCCUCAUGGUGGCCUACUCUGACAUGUGGGACCUGUUCCUGGUCCGGCUCCUGAUGGCCGUCGCUAUCAUGCUUUACUACAGUAACUUCUCUCUGGCUAUGGAGGAGCGGUUCUUACUUAAACCGAAGGUGACCGGGUAUCUGAUCAGCUACAGCAGCACCUUAGGGGCCCUGGCCGGGUUCCUGGUGGGUCCAGUCACCCAGGUGUAUGAGAACCACAUGCCGGCUCUGCUGCUCCAUUCCACUGUUCUCACCUGUUCCCUGAUUUUCCUGUACGCUGCAGCCCCCAGUGUCUGGCAGGUGGUCCUCACCUCCACCUUCUUUGCCAUUUCUACCACUAUUGGACGGACUUGUAUCACAGACCUGGAGCUGCAGAGGGGAGGGGUCCAGGCCAGCGGGACCCUGAUUGGAGCCGGGCAGUCAGUUACAGCUGUCGGUCGAGUCCUGGCCCCUCUGCUGUCUGGUCUGGCUCAGGAGUUCAGCCCCUGUGGCCCACCCAGUCUGGGAGUGGUCCUGGCUCUGGCAGCUGUAGGUUUAUUGUUCAUCAGGAUCCCCAAAUGGGAUGGGAGGGGGAAGACCAAGAUGGCAUGACUUUAAAUUUAACUGAUAACUGAUAUAUCUGAUUACAUCAAUGCAAAUCCACCAGUCGGAGAAGUGCUCUUAUUAGUCUGAGACUUCAUGUAGGAACAGUGUUUCCUGCACAAGAGGACGCCUCGGCCAAACGGAUCUGUAGAUGUGAUGGUGUCACAGUUAAAAUGGCUCAUCAACACCAGCACUGCAGCGCUUUUCUCACAAAGAGAGAAUGAAAACUCGAGUGCAGAGUUGAGUGUAGGGUAAGCUGGAAAGAAUCAUCUCCCAUGUUGACAUUUAAUUGAAGAGAAAUAUGUGGUUCAUAACUGAACUAUGGUUUAGGGUUGGAUUGAUUAUCAGUCUGGAUAAUUAUCUAAUGUGACAUGCAGCAAUUUUAUUGCGUUCUUCGCUUUUUAAUGAAUACCCAAUGAAGAAAUUAAUUUAAAAUGAGCUAUUUUGGCUCCAGGGAUGCCAGUCUGUGAACUUGAGCAACGUCUCAUUGUACAAGUAAACCAGCAAUGAAAUGAGAGAACAACUUAUUUAUAAUUCCUCUAGUUCAGUAAAUUGAGACACUGAAUUAAGUCAUUUUUAUUUGACAGUCUUCUUUCUGUCCUAUUAAAAGUAUUUCCACAUAGAAACUAUAAAGAAAAGGCAAUUCUUGACCCUCAAGGACAAUGUUCUUAAAGCCCCAUCAUUCAUCUUGGCACAUACACUUCAGAAUGUCACGGUUGGAUAUGUGUUUUUGUUUUAAUUCAUUGACCACUAUAAAGUUCAAACUACUAAAUCCUACCACCUGCUGAUGAUACUGUAUGGAAAUAAAACACUUUACCGCUUCAACGAAACAUAAAUAAAGGAGGGGGUAUUCAUCCAUUUAGACAAAAAGACUGAAAGAGUGGUCACUGUGGAGGAAUUAGGCUCCUGACGACACUACAGUAGAUCAUGAUGUAGUUCUAGUCAUAACUUAUUUUACACAUUUUAUCUCAACGGUAGUUUUUUUUUAAAUGCGCUGCAUUAAAAAUGGUUCCCAAAGUGGUUUAGAGCAAAUGUCUACUGUAGUUAAAAUUUAGCAGACUCAUUACCUCCGCCAAGGAGGUUAUGUUUUUGCCGGCGUUGGUUUGUCUGUCUGUCCGUGUGCAAGAUAACUCAAAGUUAUGGACGGAUUUGGAUGAAAAUUUCAGGAAAUGUUGAUACUGGC